UUCCUGCUGAAGGUUGGAGAGGGGAGGGAGUUCUGAGUUGUCCCCAGCCCAGAGUGUCACUGUCACAGCAGCCGAGGCAGGAGAGAGCAGAGUGGAACCAGAAUGGCAGAAAAUGUCAUUAACUCUGACCGCAAAUUGCCUGAACCACCCAGAGCCAGGCUACACACCAUCCCUGAUGGCCCAGGUCAAAGCCAUUGUUCCAGAGCACGAGCUGCUGCUCUUGGAGCUGUCCUGCUUGUGAUCAUCCUCCUGCUGGCCAUAGCCCUGUAUCUGACACUCACCACGGGCAGCCAACAGGACUCAACAGCAUUGACCUCCAGCAGCCAAAAUGUCUCAGCACCAUUGUCCUCCAGCAGCCAAGAGGAAUCAACAGAGUCACCCCCAAGCCAUGAGGAGGCACCAGGAAGGAGUUGUUGUUCCACAACUCGAGUUGCUGUCCUGGUCACUGAGAUAAUCGUGCUCCUGCUCAUUGUUGUGUGUCAGGUACUCCCAUGUCAAAGCCAUUAUUCCAGAACACAAUUGUCUGUCCUGGUUGUUGUCCUGGUUCCCAUUGUAGUGGCCCUCACCCUGUCUUGGACACUCCCACAUGGUCAAACUGCGGGCAGCCAAAAGGGCUCAACAACAUUGUCUCCCACCAUUCAAGAGGACCCAACAACAUUGUCCCCUACCACUCAAGAGGACCCAACAACACUGUCCCACAUCCCUGAAAGGACACCAGGCUGCCCCACAGCAUGGAAGAAACAUGGCAGAAAAUGCUACUUCUUUUUUCCAGAGAGGGAAGCAAUGGACUGGAAUGCCUCCCGUGCAGAAUGCACUGCCAUGGGCUCAGACCUGGUGGUCAUUGACAGCAGGGAAGAGCUGAGCUAUAUGCUCUCACAAUCAAGCCAUAACUACUACUACCUUGGUCUCACACGCUCUGCAGAGGAGCAGAAGUGGAAGUGGAUCAACAACGUGGAACAUGACCCAGCCAUGUUCCGUAUAUUAGGACUUUACCGUGACUUGCACUGCACUGUGAUUGGAUUUGGUAAAGUAUCAAUUGCACCUUGUGCUGGAACCCGAGCAAUACAAAAUAUGUGUGAAAAAGCUGCAACAAUUUCCAACAGGCAUCUGUAGGAGAGCUAAAACCAUCAUGUGCACGAUGAUCUGUUCUGCCCAGCUUCCUGUAGGAACCAUGGAUGGGAUGUGUCCCAUUUCCUUUGAGCUGCCCAGUCUCUGCUCCCAGGCUCUCCUGCAGCCUCUCUCCAGCCUCGGGGCUGAGCUCAGCCCAGCCUGUCCCUGCUGCUGCCUGAGCCUGGAUGGAUCCCCUCUGGAAGAGCUGGCCCUGGCACACAGGAGCACUCUGGCACUGUCUCAUGCCAGGGGUGGCACUGCCAGGCAGGCACUGCCAGGGGACAGGAGUCCAGCCUGGGCACAGGGGUGAUCCCAAACACAUCCUGACUCAUCUGCAAGUCCCAUCCAGCGCCAGCCCUGUGUUCCCAGCUCUGCCUGGGCACAAGGAGAGCCUUCCCCACCUGGCCACAGCCUGGCCUUGCCUGCAGCCACAAGGGAAGGGCAGCACAGAUUUCUGGCUGGCAUCCUGGAGGGAAGGCCAACCCCACUCCUAGCCAGGAUGGACUUGAGAAAGUCAGGUGGGGGUGUGGAUAAUCCUUCCCCUGUCCCAGACUGUUGCAAGAGCACACAGGAUCCCAGAGCCUGGGAGGGGAAUGGGAAUCAGCCCAAGGGAAAGGAUCCUACAGCAGCACAGCUCUGGGCAUAAAAUCAGCCCCAGUCCUGUGUGGGGAAGGGAAGGAAUGUCAGAUCUCAGAUCUGCUGGGGAAGGGCACAGGAUGGAGACCAGCAGAGACUAGCAAGGCCGAGUCCCAAGAGAAGGUGAGCUGGAGAGAAAACAGGACAAUGAAACCCAGAGGGAUCUGUGAAGGAGCUGGCCAGAAGCAUGAGAGUGACCCACAGGGAAUGGCAACACAGUGCUCUGCCCUCUUUUCCUUGGAGAUGGGUCACAGGUGGAAAUGAUGCCUGAAGGCUUUCCUGCUCAGAAAUGUUCAAGCCAACAGCAGAAACAGGUGACACCAGGAAAACAGAGCUGUGAUCAUGAAAGAGGGAAUAUCACCUAAACUCUGCCGCUGUUCUUCAGUGACUCCUGGGACCCUGGGCCUCGUGUGACUGCAAGAAUAUUUCUUCUUGCUGUGUCCUUUAGGCAGAAUAAUUCCUCCUUUAUUGGUGCCUUUCAUGGCUCUCUCCUUUAGCUGCAGGGUAGAGAAAUCUCUGUGAAAUUUGUGAAACUCAUAGCCUGGUUUACCACCAGGUAAAAAAUUGUUCAGUCAAAAAAUCUAUAUACUGUAUGCUGUGACGUUUGGAAGGGAAAAUGGAAUCCCACAGGUAAAACUGUCUCUUUCUAAAUUAAAAGCACAUUGUGAUGUUCCUCACACCAGCCAUCCUCCUCACUCACUGCUUGCAUCAAAUGCUUUGGAAAUGUAUUUGCACUUCUUUCCCUGACUUUCCAUUCCCAGAGAACAGAGUAAGAACAUGGAGCUGGAGCAGAACAAUUCCAGUGUCAGACCCCAGGAUCUGUACUCCUAUUCCAGAAGGAAGCUGAGUUGGAAGGGCUCUUUGCUUGCACUCAUUUUACUGGAGAGAGUGGGAGAGCAUGUUGUGUUAUAGAUUUUUGCCUUCUAUUUUCAUAUUCCAGCUGCUGUGAUCACUUGGAUCAAGUGGGCUCUCCUGGAGGCAGGGCCAGGGAAAAGCCUCUUCCCUGGGAGCCACUGGGCCUCAGUUGGAGCCUUCAGCAGGCAGCAGAGGCAGCAGCUGUGCACCAGAGGGGUGGGAAGGGCAACCCACCCUGGGGCCACUGUGGAACUGCACAAACCCCAUCAAAUCCAGAAAGCCACAGGAAGACUCAGGACUCAGGAGCAACUACAGCUUGCAAGGAAAUCCCUACCAAGGGCAGAAGUUUAAAUGAAAGUGCUUUGUUUCCUCUGCCUGUGUGUUGUUCUUGUUCACAAUUCGCUGAUCUUGUGAGCUAAGUUUUACAAUAAA